AUGGUGGGGCAGGAUCUCCAUGUGACCAAACCCAUGCGUUUCAAGGUUAGUGCUAUUGGCCUACAGCUUUUUGAACCCUUGCAGCAACAUUGUGCCAUGAGGGGACCAGUGAUCAUGAGUACUCCAGAUCGACAGCUGGUUCAGUUUGAAGAGCGUCUUCGGGCAAUCAUUACUGAAAAUGAUUUGGCGGUCAACUUCUCUUUGGUGAAAGACAUGUGUUACGCAUGCUUUGAGUUGUACUUGCAAGAUGAUGCAACACACGAAAUUCCAAUUUUGGCAGAGUUUGAGGGGGCUUUGCUGCUACUAUCCCUUCGCAGCAACUUUCAUGUGGAUUUGCAUCUUCGACGUGGAGGGAAGGGCAAGAUCCGGGAAUGGGCAAAUUGUGAGGCUCAGCGCUUGAGAAAGCUCUUGACAUACUUGCGAGAUCUCACCAACCGGACAGCUGAAUCCAGGUGUGAUAUGAAUACUCCUUUACAUCAAUAUGUGAAAAGUUCAUUGUAUCGAUUGUUCUUUGUGUUUUUUUUGGAACCCUGGAGGAACGAAAGAGUUCAAGUGCUGAAGAGCAUUGUCACCAGCUUUCGUGCCAUCAAAGCAGAGAAGGUGCUUAAGACAUAUGUAUUUUUGGUUUCCUGCUUGACUGAUAUAGUAUUCUUGCUAGCUGCUAGCUAG